AUGCGGCUCCGGGAGCCGGGGCGCAGCGCCCCAAGUUCAGUCCGGCCUCGCGCACACCAAGACGCCCCAGAGGGGAAGCAAGCAAAAGGAAAGGGGCUCGGGAGCUCUGGGGGGCGGCUAGCGAGGCCAGAUGCCGGGGCGGGGAGGGUGACCUCGGCGGCCAAGGUCGGGGGCGUCCUUCUCCCUCCCAGUCCCACCGGCGAGCACCUUUGCCCUCCCGCCCGGAGCAGCAGGGCCCGCGGCCGGCGGGCGCGCCCGGAGAGCCUGCGAGCCCCGGGGCGGCUCGGGACCACCGUCCUUCUGCGAGGCCGGGGCAGCGGGGGCGCCCAGGUGAGCGCCGCGGGCAGGGCCUUCGCCUUCGGCCAAACUUCCCAGGCGCGUCCGCACGGCCCCGGGAGGGCCCGGCCAGGCGCCCCCGGCUCCGCACCCGGAUCCCGCGCGCCCCGCCCAAGGUCGCCCGCCCGGCCGCUCCCGCCCCUGCCCUCGGGGCCUCUCUCCCUUCCCGCGUCUCCUCGCCGCCGAGGCCCGAGAAAGUUUGGCCCCGGCCCGCAGGCCGGGAGCCCCGCACUCACCGCGGGCGGCGGAGCCGAGCGCCCGGCGCUGGAUCACAGGGCGGCGGCGUGGGCGCCGAGCUCUCACAGCGGCCCCUGCUGCCCCGGCCGCCGACCGCGCUGGGAAGGGGAGGAGGCCGCCGGGGAGUCACCUGCCGGCGCUCCCACCCCGCCGCGUGACGCCGCGCAGCACCGCCCCCUGCCCGCCGCCGCCGCCGCCGCCAGGUACCCACGAGGGGCGGGCGGCGCGCGGCCCUGGUCGCCCUACCUCCCCGGGCGCGCCUCCCGCCCGUGCUGCUGCCGGCCGCCUCGGGAUAUAGGUUCUGGCCCUUGGACUGAUGACAUUUUUUUCUGA